AUGAGACAGAAUGAUUAUGGAGAGCAGCAAAGUACAAUUCUCUAUGAACUUGAACUAAUUCUUAAGACCGUGAAGCAGAUUGAUAAGAAUAUUAUAGAUUCAAUAGAAGUCUUAAAUGAUAGGAUACCUUUGGAAAAAGAGCAAGAAAGUACAUCUAAUCGAGUGACUGAAACGCCCGUUGAAUACAACUAUGAAGAAAUCAUUAUUAAAAGCAUAAAUUCAAUAAAGGAGAUUUUAAAAGAGCUAGAGGAAAUUUGA